AGAGGAACCAUCCACUGGCUGAGCUCCUUCGGCAAUGCAACAGUCCCUUUUCUGAUGAGACGAUGAGAAUGCACACCCGUGGGGCCCCCACAGUCUUCUUCAUAAGUCUGCUGUGGCCCCUACUUGCCCCGGUGCCGGCUGCCGAAGUGGACCCCACCGGGGGAAUCCCCUUCAUGGGAGGCAACUAUGACGGUCAUCCCAUGCUGUACUUUGGCCGCGGGGACGUGGAGGAGCUACAGUACGCGGCGGCCGGGACUCAUCGAGAGAUGGCCAGGAGGAUCCGGGAGGCCGGGGAGACGAUGUUGGAGCACCCUGAGGAGUACCUGCCCCCCUGGAGCCCCGCUGAGUUCAGCGCCCGCUGGAACGAGAUCUACGGAAACAAUCUGGGGGUGCUGUCCAUGUUCUGCCUGCUGUAUCCGCACAGGGCCGGUGCCCUGGACCUGGCCAAGGACUACAUGGAGAGGAUGGCAGCUCAGCCUAGUUGGUUGGUCAAAGACGCCCCCUGGGAUGAAGUUCCUUUGGCACACUCUUUGGUCGGAUUUGCCACCGCCUACGACUUCCUGUACGAGUACUUGAAUAAAGGCCAGCAGGAGCGUUUCCUGCAAGUGAUAGGCAACGCAACGCGCUUCAUGUAUGAGAAGUCGUAUGUGCGAGGCUGGGGGUUCCAGUACCUGCACAACCAUCAGCCAACCAACUGUGUGGCUCUACUUACAGGAAGUCUGGUCUACAUGACCCAAGGUUACCUCCAGGAGGCCUACCUUUGGACCAAGCAGGUUCUGUCCAUCAUGGAAAAGUCCAUGAUCCUCCUGCAGGAUGUGACGGACGGCUCGCUGUAUGAGGGGGUGGCGUACGGGACCUACACCACCCGUUCUCUGUUCCAGUACAUGUUCUUGGUGCAGCGUCAUUUUGCCAUCGGACACUUCAGCCACCCCUGGCUGCUGAAGCACUUCGCCUUCCUCUAUAGGACCAUCCUUCCAGGGUUUCAGCGAACCGUAGCCAUUGCAGAUUCCAACUACAACUGGUUCUAUGGGCCAGAGAGCCAGCUGGUGUUCUUGGAUCGCUAUGUGUUGCGUAACGGCAGUGGGAACUGGUUGGCAGAGCUGAUUCAUCAAAACAGGAUUACAGAAGGACCAGGUCAGGCUGGAAAGGGCCAGCGAUGGUGCACGCUGCACACAGAGUUCAUCUGGUAUGACCCUGGCCUGAUUCCAAAACCGCCAGCAGAUUUCGGAACGUCUCAGCUCCACUAUUUCGAGGAUUGGGGGGUGGUGACGUACGGCAGCACUUUGCCUUCUGGGACCAACAACUCCUUUCUCUCCUUCAAGUCCGGGAAACUGGGGGGACGUGCCAUCUUUGACAUUGUUCACAACAACAAGUACAAAGAGUGGAUCAAAGGCUGGAGGAACUUUAACGCCGGUCACGAGCACCCUGAUCAGAACUCUUUCACCUUCGCACCCAACGGUGUCCCAUUUAUCACAGAGGCACUGUAUGGACCCAAGUACACUUUGUUGAACAAUGUGUUGUUGUUUGGCUCAACCCUCUCAGGGAGCUGCUUUAAACCGUGGGCUGGACAAGUAACCGAAGCCUGUGACUCUAAGUGGCUGAAGUUCAAGGUGGGGCUCGCAGCUGAUGCCCAGGGCAGAGUAGAAGCUGCUAUUCUGAAAGAGGGGAUGGUCUUUAUCCGAGGUGAGGGACAUUCUGUUUAUAACCCAGAACUAAAGAUCAGGAACUUCCAGAGGAACCUGCUCCUUCUUCACCCGCAGCUCCUGCUCAUGGUUGAUCAUAUCCACCUAGAUUCAGAGAGCCCUGCCAGGGCCAUGAGCGCCUUCUUUCACAAUACAGAGCUACCAUUUCAGAGUUUGAAAGUUGACGAUGUUCAUGGAGCAUUUGUAACACAUGGGAAGGAUAAAUAUAAGAUGUUCUGGAUGGACGACACAAACUCUAGUAACAAAGGGAUGGUGGGUUACUGGAGUUACCCUAGGGGGUACCCCUACAAUGGCUCCAACUAUGUCAAUGUUACAAUGCCACUGAGGUACCCAUACACAAGGGUGGCCUAUAUUUUCUUUGGACCAGGCCUGGAUGUACAGAGCUUCAGCCUACGUGGAGAUGAUCAGCGUGUGGAUAUUUACCUCUCUACCAAAGACCACACAUACACCAUUUACCUUCUGACAGGGGAGGUGCCCAGCAAGCCUCUUUUUGCCAUGGUGCUGCUGGACCGCAAAAAGAUUGUGUUUGAGAGAGCAGCAGCCAUGGAGAACAAGUCUCCCCCAGAAGUUGAAGAAUAUGUCAAUGUGAUGGAGGACAACCUCCAGCACGUCAAACCUGUCUUCCAGCAGAUGGAGAGACACAUCCUGGGGCGGGUCCUCAACACUGCCAGCUUCCGUAAGACUGCUGAGCGCCUCCUCCAGUUCUCCGACAAGAAGAAGACGGAGGAGGUUAUCAAAAAGAUGUUUGCCAUGUCCAAGAAACAACGCAAAGGCAAAGGGGGUAAGAGAAACCUUGGAGAGAAGCUCUCUGAGAAUUUGCCUGACAUUUUUGCUCAGAUUGAAGUCAAUGAGAAGAAUGAGAGACAGAGGACACCAAAGCGUAUGUAUGAGGAGAGCCCAGAGGAAGGGGACGCAGAUACUAGGGCCUUCAUGGACUAUCCAGAAGGCCAGAGAAACAGAAGGGGGGGGUUUGUUAAGGGUCGUCGAUUCAAGCAGGUUCACAUGGUGGCCACAGCAAGGAGUGAGGGAGACUCUGGUGCCGCCUCCUACAUUAGACUGUUUCUGCUCCUUAACACCUCCACCUUCUUCCUAUUGCUGGCUGUUCUGCUAACUCGCUUUCAGAGGGGGCGGAGCCUGCAGACGCAGAAGUGCUUCUAUACCAUCGUCUUGAUUGACUGCUUCAUCCUGCUGUACCUCUACUUGUCAUGCUCCCACAGCCAGUGCUGACACCUCUGAAGUGAACAAAACAUCACACCCCACUCCAAGCCUGGUCUGAUGGCACAAUAUUAAGACGACUGUUUAAAGAAAAAACUUAUUGUAAUUUUAUAUUUGUCGCUUUUGAAUGUCAAGUUUUAAUAAAAAGAGAAAAUACUAACUGUGAUGUAUGUGGACAAUU